AUGCGAAUUAUGGAGCUGAAGGAGCUGUGCUUCCUCUUUGCCUUGGUUCUAUUGCAUGCGAAUGGCUACGAGCUGCGAGCGAGCUGGAUUCCAGUCAAUGCCACAGGUUGCUUUGACGAUCCAUACUACUACGAUAACCUCUUCGUGUCCUUGGGCGCUGGGACCACUUGCCGCAUAGAUAUCACGGACACCACCGGCAAUGGCCAAGGGACCACCUCUUCGUCCCGGGGGUUCGACACGCUAGAAGAUUGUUUGCAGCGUUGCUUUAGCCUGGGGUAUUGCACCGGAGUGGAGUACAAUGCGGACAACACUCGCUGCGAGAUUUGGAACCGGACGGUGGGCUACGUGAAGUUGGGGAGUGGCCCCAGCGAGUGCGUGGCACGCCAGGAGCUUUCCUGCUUGGGAUGGUCCGGCAAGGACUGCAAGACAGGCGUGAAAGACUUCAACGCCUCGGAGCGCGUCAAUCGCCUGGUUGCCUCCUGUCCUCAGGCCUGCGCCGAUGUGGAACCUGUCUGCCCCAACAAUGCGAGUCUCAGGAAUACUCACAUCGGAGGCCUCUACCUGAGCACCGCCGGAGCGCGCUACGAGUCGCAGCUUUCCCAGUACAAUACCGGCUUCAACAUGUUCUUCAACCUCCGUGGAGAUAUGAACGCCGCCAUAGGGCCUCUGGACGUCACCGCCAUCUCUGGAGACGGAACCAAGGAGGAGUUGAGCACCAGGGCCAGGUAUUUGGCCAACAGGGUGGGUGCCAAGCUUCUUCUCGGCCCCUACGGCGACGAGGCCUUCGAGACCGUGGCAGACGUUGCUGACCAGUCUCAGGCGGUUCUCGUUGGUCCCAUUGCCAAGGGGGAUGAUGCCGUCAUGGGGCGACCGAACGCCUUCAGCAUGUCCAGCCGGUACGACGAGUUCCUGCUUCCGGCCUUCCAGCAGAUUGCGCAGCAUCUGCGAGCCACCGUCAGCGUCAUCGGGCCGAGCCACGAGCGAGCCGACCUCCUGGGUUUGGAGAUGAAGUACAGGACCUGCUCGACGAUCCCUGCAACGGCGGAAGCAGCGAACUUGGUCUACUUGGAGAAUGUCACCCUUCCGUACACCGCCGAUCAGGACCAAUGGAUAGCGGAGGUUUCCUCAGCAGUGCAGACGCUUGUCACCCCGCGGCCGGAUGUGAUCGUUUGUUGCGAAGCGGCUGACAAAUGCAUCCAAGACAUUCUUCAGGACAUCCGUGUCAAAGUCUACGACAUGAAGGCUUUCAUCGUCAUGGAGGAUGAGACGAUCAGCGCAGCCUUGAAUUAUGCGGCGCUUCAGCGCAUGGACUUCAACCAGAUCCUCAUCGACGUGCGCGAGGAGCUGGGCCUGGCAGGAAUCUCACAGACGCCGGAGGUCAUGGCCCUCUGGACCUGCCCCACCUACCGGGCGAUACAGAAUGAAGCCCACCAGUAUUCGAGACAGCUCUUCGAGCUGAUGAAGGAAGUCCUCGUGGUAUCCGACUGGGAUCGGAGCGCGCCGAAAGCCGGAGCUUUCAUGUACCUCUCCUACUACUUGUUCCGCACCCACGCGAUGCCGGAAUCUGCUGCCGCCUGGACAUCGGCCAUGUGUCUGUUGGAGGCGGUGAAGGCCACGAAUGGCUCGGAGCCUUUAGCCGUAGUCGAAGCCUUUCGAGAGCUGGAUAUCCCGUCCCUCUUCGGGCACGUGAAGUUCAACUCUGAAGGUCGCCGAGAGGAGGGCGCGUCAACGAUGCAGCUGGAUGUCAGCUACAGCGAGAUCGAAGGCGUGGACAUCGCCAUCCGCUACGUGACCCCGGCGCUUCCUCCCUCCGAAAGCUCCGCAAGUGAGGGCCCGAUGCCCCCUAUGGAUCCCUGCGCGUUCCGGUGGGUCACCCCAAGGCAGCUGCAAGGACCUGGCCCCGCUGGCCCUGGACCCGGAGCACCACCACCGCCAACGCCGCAGCCGCCAACGGCACCACUGCAACGACGUGGCUCCCUGCGCUUCCGCCACCCGUUGACCUAUCCGAAGAUGCUCUGGCAGGACGGCUACUGCUUCAGCAAGCUCUUGGAGCCUUCCGACGGCUUGUCCUACGGCCUGCAGUGGGACAACGAGACUGGCAGGGAACGGUGUCUGCCCUGCGCAGCUGGAGCAUUUUCCCAGUGGGAUGAGACCUACCUCAACCGAACUUGCAGGAGUUGCCCGGCUGGAUCUCGAAUGCACCGCGGCCUCUGCACGCCCUGCGAGGCUGGAACCUUCAACGCCUAUUUUGGUGGUACCGCCUGCAUGCCUUGCCUGGCAGGGGAGUACCAGCCGGUAACUGGGGAGACAGCCUGUGAGAAGUGCCCGGCUGGGAAGUUCAGUGCGCAAAGUGCGUCGGUGGCCUGCACAGCUUGCACUGACACCUUCGAUGCCA